CGGUAUCUGCCACGGUAACUACGACGGGAUGGCGAGUCCGGACUCUUUGCUCCCGUCUGGGAAGAGAGUGAUAUCACUCAUUGCAGACGAGAUAACGGAGUGAAAAAGAAAAGAAGGUAGAUAUUCCUUUCUUCCUGGACGUCUACAGAGGCGAGCAAGCCCAACAGAAAGAAGAAACGGCGAGAUUACAUACAAUAAUAUCCCAUCGAUUUACUUCGAUGCCGCAUAUUAAUUAGUUGCAAGACCUCCCUAGGAUAGGUACGCACCUUUGGCAGGCGGAGUAAUUAUUUCUCCUGGCCAGCAGCGAUGCGUCGCAUCCCUGACGGCUUCUUCAUCUGCCCCCUGGCUCGGUCUGUGAAGGUUCACAGGGGGAUGCCCUUCCCCUUCGAGCGCCGUGCAGCAGCAUAUACAGACCGACAGGAGAGUCAACUCGGCGUCUACAUUUUUACUCUUAUCAUUCUCCUUCUUCAACAAGCACGACAGUUAAAAGAUAAAAUACGACGGACGACUUCGUUCCCUUGAGCCUUAAAGUGGCCCCCGCCCUUGACGGCGGGCUAAUAUCCCGUACGAGAAUGAUGGCUCAUCAGAGCUACGGGAUGCCAUUACUUCCUCCCCUCCCUGAAGCACCAAGAUGGACAGACACGCAGCAGAUCAAGGACGCUCCAUCUCUCCUCGUCGGCCAAUCGCACCUCACAGCCAACUUUGUACUUACUGGCAGCGAGCAAGAAGGCAUGGCCAAGAGGCCCAUGUGGUGGGUCUUGACGGAGGCCCAAGCACCAGCGUUUUUUCAUUCCUUGGGCUUGCUGUUGUUAUUUUGGUGCUUUGCAAGGCCAGAGAGAAGAUAUCUCACGGCAUGUUCAAGGACGGAUUGGAAGGCCCAAGUACCUGCUAUACCCUAUACCACUAGUUAUUGGUCCUUGAAAUAUUCCCGCGGUGUUGUCUUCAACCAACAUCAAAGAUGGUUACCAAGUUGUCAGUGUCCCACAUCUGCGGGCAAUAAUAAUGACGGGGGGAGAAAAAAAGGAAGAAAACAGGGUUGCCAGGAAGAAACUAAAGCAGACCGUUAUUGGGGACCACGUCUUCAACUGUCCAACUUACGCAGUCCACGAGCAGAGACGAAGAGGGUGUGAGAUCCGCUUUGGUUGUCUAACUGUCUGUCUGUCUGUUUAACCUUGAACUUGAAACAAGCCUCCCGCAGGUGGCAUACAUAGCACAACUGAUAUAUAUCUAUAUCUGCUCCCUGAUAUAGCCCCCGACUCGUGGUCAACCAUGAGCAUAAUGACUAAUUAUCCACAUUCAUGAAAUUCAUGAUGCCUCAUGCAGGUUGGCGAGUUAUGCAGUUCGGAGUCAAGGGUUGAUUGAUGUCGACGUAUUACAGUAGUCGUUGGGUACUUUGACCAGCAUUUUCCUCCCGCCGAUCUGGGCCGCUUCAGUGGACUAAAAGUUGAUUUACGGACUACUCACUGCCCUAUCCUUCCAAACUCCACGACAGUUGUUUGAUUUUAAACUACAUACGUAUCAUAACGAUGCCUGUUAAGUGACCCAUAUAUCAUACAUUUCCCUCCCGCUUUCUAGAAAUGCUAAGAUGGACAGCAUAUCCUCCUCUCACAGCAGUGACUUUCAAACCCAUCCAUUCUGGUUGGCCGUUAUAAGUACUGUCCGGUGCAAGAUACACUCCAAACCACCUUGCGGUUGGGCUGAUAUCACGGGCCAUCUCACAUACAUACAUGCACAUACUGUAUGCAACGACGAGGUAUGGCACAACUCGGGAGAUCUCCGGGUCUUCUCGCAAAGAAGAAACGAUACCUAUAUAUUUUUCUUCGACCCUAGCGAAAUACCGUUGAUCUGAUACGCCAGACAGCCAACAGCCCAAGUAGGCAAUCCUGUUGGAUUACCCCGAAGGGAAGACGAGGGAAGCCUGCGCAGUCCAGGCACUCACACAUUACCCCAAAAGAAACGGAAGCCAGGCCAAGGGACGAAUCGCAGAGGAAGAAAAGCAAACAAAAAUUCCCCCUUGGACGAAGACGCCGUUCACGUCUGUGCUUUGACCCUCUUCCUCUCUCGUUUAUCUUCAUACCUUCUCCUUACAUCGUAUGUAACUUUACUUAUCUCGUCGAUUACAACUGAUGAAUGUGUGUAUAUUUUCUUUUUUGGCGGUUC